CUGUCCAAGGGACUCUCAAGAGUCUUCUCCAACACCACAGUUCACUCAGGGAAGCAUAAGCUUCACUUACACAAACCCAGUCCUUUCACAUUGCCAACACUAAAACCAGUACAUUUGCUGUUUCAAAGAACAGACCCGUCCCUUGACGCUUCAUUUUUUAGGGCAAGAGGAGGAGGGCCUAAAAGACGCAAGAAGACGCCCAUCCUUUAUCAAAAAUGAGAUGUCUGUGGGGGCGGCCCUCCACGCCCAAGGACCGCCCCCUGAGGACUAGCAACAGAGCAGUAAGCAGGGAAGGAAAGCAGAAAAGGGCAGACCAGCUACGCACGCAGACCCUGGGGCGGAAGAGGUGGCGGUGCUGGGAGACAACGGGGAAGCCCCUCGGCCCGGCCCUGGCACGUAACAAGAGAUAGGAGGCUGGGCGCCAUGCGUGUGCGGUCGUAGGUCCGGAUCAGAGGCGGGGCGGCAGGCGCGGGAGAAACGGCCAAGGGCGGUACCCGAGGAGCGGGCUCUGAGUGAACGGCGCCAACCCAGGCCACGCCGAGCGCCCCUCUAGAGUGUGGCCGGGGACUGUCGGGGCCUUCCUGAGGCCUCAGCUGGGACCGCCGGGCCCGCCUCCUUCAUGCGCAAGCUCGUUGACCAGGAAGACGCGGGUAGGCGGAGUCGAGAACCGGAAGUGCCCGGGCGCACCGGAAACCUUCCCCAGAAGCCCGCCAGCCGGAACAGCCCUGAGGCCCCACCCCUCGACGGAACGCUGGGUUGCUGGGCAACCGGGGCGGGCGCCGCGGGAGGGUUCGGUGGUGCUCAGAACCGUCCCUGUGUAGCUCCUACAUCCUGCCCUGGCAACCUCCCGGCCCGCCCGCCUCCCUUCUUGCCGCCCCUCCUCGCAUCACGGAAUCCCUGCCCUUGGCACUACGUGCACCUCUUCGGCUCCCACGAUACUCUAGUGCCCACCUGCUUCGAGGCCAAGCUUCACCGAAAGGGAAGCGGGCCGACCCCGGGCGCGACCUCCACGUUGGCUGAGCGCGCCUCCCCGGCCAUGGCCACCUACACCUACACCAGCCGGCCCCGGGCCUUGCCCUCCCAGCGCCGCCGUUACCGGGACGACCUGAUGCAGCAAGCUGAAGAACCUGUGCAUUACGGAAACAUAAUGUAUGACAGAAGGGUAAUCCGAGGCAACACUUAUGCUCUGCAGUCGGUACCACUGCCUGGGCAGCCUGAUCCUAUAGAGAUUCAGAGACAGCAACAGGCUAGGAGGAGGGCUUUAGCCAGAAAACGAGCCCAAGAACAGCUCAGACCACAUACGCCUGAACCCGUGGAAGGCAGAAAACAUGUGGAUGUGCAGACAGAAUUAUACCUUGAAGAAAUUGCUGACCGCAUAAUAGAAGUUGAUAUGGAGUGCCAAACAGAUGCGUUUUUGGACAGACCACCAACACCACUCUUUAUUCCUGCCAAAACUGGCAAAGAUGUGGCCACUGAAAUUCUAGAAGGAGAGCUGUUUGACUUUGAUCUUGAAGUUAAACCAAUGUUAGAAGUUUUGGUGGGGAAGACCAUCGAGCAGUCUCUUCUGGAAGUGAUGGAAGAAGAGGAGCUGGCAAACCUGCGGGCCAGUCAGUACGCAUAUGAAGAGCUCCGCAACGUCGAGCUUGCUGAAGUCCAGCGACUUGAAGAGCAGGAGAGACGACACCGAGAGGAAAAAGAACGUCGGAAGCAGCAGCAAUGGCAGGUGGUUCACAAGCAUAAUGAGACCUCGCAGAAGAUCGCGGCUCGAGCGUUUGCACAGCGUUACCUGGCCGACCUCCUCCCGUCAGUUUUUGACAGCCUUCGGGAUGGUGGCUACUUCUAUGAUCCCAUUGAAAGAGAUAUUGAGAUAGGAUUCCUCCCAUGGCUAAUGAAUGAAGUUGACAAAAGCAUGGAGUACAGCAUGGUGGGAAGAGCAGUGCUUGACAUGUUGAUUCGUGAGGUGGUUGAGAGGAGACUGAAUCUCUAUGAGCAGAAGGAGGGCAGGCACGCCCCUGUGAGGCCUGAGUAUGGGCUCAGCGGUCCCGGAGGAACGAGAGAGCCCCUGGUGGGUUUCGAAUCCCGGGAUCAGGGUGUAGCCCAGGCCCAGAGACCCCUUCCAGACAGAGACUCCCUACAGAGAACGGCAUACGACGCAAGGUACAUGGAUAGAGUUUCGUCCCGGGAAAGGAGGCUCGUGGAAGAAGAUGACGAACUGACAGAAAUGAGGAGAUCCUUUGAGAGGGAAGAGCUGUCGCAAUAGAGGGAAGCCUCAGCGCCGUGGAGCCAGUCAGAAGCCAGUCAGCACUGCAAUCAGUCAGAUCUUUAUCCAAGAUCACUCAUCAUCCUUUUCAUCAAGAAGAUUUUGGCCACAACAUUUUGAAUAACCUGUUUUCAUUUUUUGGAUGGAGGAAGAAGUGAUAAAUGAAAAUAUGAACAUUUCUAUUUUGUUGUGGGCUCAUCUCUUCAAUAUAAAUUAUUCAUAAAACCCUUUUCUUAGCACUGUUGUUUUCUCUAGUGAGUCAGAAAAAAACAGAAACCACUGUCUACUCCUUUCCCCUGUAAACAAAAAGCCAACACAAAAAAAUAGCAUUCAAUAAGAGAAGACUUAAGUAUGGCCUGUCAGACAGAUGACAGCUUGUUUGUAGAAUGAUCAGAGAGGAUUCAGCUGCACAUUUGAAGGAAGAAUUGAGAGUGCACGGCUAUACCAUGGGGAGAAAACAGAGUUAAUCUUUCUACUGUGUCAUUUAUUUAUUCAACAAAUAUUUAUCCAGUCCUUACUGUGUAUCAGGCUCUUUCUCUGUGAUGAGGAACACGAUGGUGAGCAAUCAGAGAAAGUGGCUACCCCGACUCUCCCAUCUCCUGGAAACAAAUGAAAUUCUGCCCCCCCACCGCCCUCCCACCUCUAUUAGCAAUGCCACCAGCCCCACUAGGAUCAUUCCAAGAUACACCUCAAAGCACGUUUUCAAACAGCACUUUCUUCAGUAAAUGUACAUUGUGAUUCAGCUGGUCUGGGUGGGGCCUGGGUAUCUUUUUUUUUUAAAGCUCCCCAAAGUUAGUGGGAUGUCCAGCCACAUGCCCUGCUGAAAAGUUGAAAACCUCUCACCAUUGCUUCUUCCCUGGGUUCUUGCCUCAGCAGUGGUUUCUUUAGUUUCAUUUGACCCAGAAUAUACUUCCCAGUGUUCCAGAAAAAAUAGAGUUGGAGCCAGUGAAUUACGAGCAGCUGCCAGACCUUCACCAUGCCAACCAACCUCUCAGCCCCCAAGGAACAGUGGCUGAGGGGGCGAGGGGUGUGGGCCAUAAACACAGUGCUGAGGGCAUACGGUUUUCACUGAUCCCAGCCACCCUCCUUAGCCACCUGCUACAGUGUUUGGUUAGAAGCGUGGAUGAGAGUCCAGGCCCGCUGGGGGAAAAUGCCAAAAAUCUGUCUGUCUUAUAAUUAAAUGACCAUAACCAAAUUGUAUCCUACUUACUUUGGUGAGUGGCAAAAACAACUUAAAAAAUUAUGUAAAAACCAUCUAUUCCCUUUUACUCAGAAAUUUAGGCAGUAUCUAGGUAUCUAGUAUCUAGGUUUAAAGAACAUAGGGAUUUAUUUUUAGGGACUAUUGGCUAGAGUGAAUGCUACAAUAUUAAAAUAGCAUUACAUAAUAAAAAUCAAUGAAGUAGUAACAUUUCAAGUUUAAGUUGGAGUUAUCUGUUUUAAUUGAUCAGUUACUUGGUGUGAUUACACAUGCACACACACACACACACACACACACACACACAUAUAAUUCUUACAGUGCUUUCAUGUCCUGUAACUAGCUUUGGUUGACAAUACAAUUUAAUUAAUGGUGGCUUAUAGUUUAGGUUGAUGAUACACCAUAAACUGUGAUAAACCUCGCAGGAUGGGAAAGCUUCACAGUAAGCGUAGUGUGGUCUCAAAAUCCUGACGUGUAACUUAUUGACUGAAAACCUCUUAUGUUCUCUUAAAGCUGGUCCAUAAGUCCCAGGACAUACUCCAUGCAGCAUGUGAAGUGAAAGUCGCUAAGUCGUGUCCAACUCUUUGCGAUCCCAUGGACUA